UUCAAGUUUUGUGGCAUGUUUCUUGUGCAUCUAAGCAUGUCUAUGUAUAGCUGACCAAUGGUCAGGGCAUGUUUACCCCUGUAAGACCUAAGCUUCAUCUCUACUUGGCCCUUCUUCUGCAGCAGCAGCAGCAGCUUUUCAUGCCUGUCACUGUCCGCAGACAGUAGGUCACUGCCAAUAGUCUUGCCUAGACUUGCCAAACAUGUCAAUACUUGAUUAUCUCAAACUAUUCCAGAAUGUGUUCUCAGCAGGAUUAAACCCACUACCAGCAAAGUACAUUUGUUCUUGCAUUCAAAUACUUAUGUUGUGUAACAAUAUUUCAGAGGCUAUGUAUUCAUAAACAUGUGAUAUUUGUUCUUAGACACUCAUUGCAUAACGUUAUCUAUGAUAGCUAUUUACUAGUUUAGAUAAGCUGGAGGUACACCAUUAUUACAUCCUUGCUCCAUAUUACUGUAGCCAUCAAGACUAUGUAUAUAUCAACACAGUGAGAUUUUAGGGAGGACACUGUUCUCAUGUGCCAUACUUUGAAAAGAUGAAUGUAUUAUUUCGGCCUGUUACUAUUUACUUUUCUAAGACAGGUUUCAGUCAUGUUCUCUUCAUGUAAAUAAGUUAAGUUUCAAAUCUUGCAUAGGUUCUUUAGCAUUAGCCUUCUUAUCAACAUUGAUGGUCCAUGCUUUCACUAAGCUUGUGGUCACCUGACACACACCACAGCAAAUGCACAUUUGGUUAUGUUCACAAGUGCAGAAGACUUCAUUCAAAGCAUUCCGGGGGAAGACUCCCAUGAUCCUUCCUUCAGGGCAUUCCUGGGAAGACUUGCAUGGUCCUUCCUUCAGGGAAUUCUGGGGAAGACUCUCAUGAUCCUUCCUUCAGGGCAUUCCUGUGAAGACUUGCAUGGUCCUUCCUUCAUGGCAUUCUGGGGAAGACUCCCAUGGUCCUUCCUUCAGGACAUUCCGGGGAAGACUCCUAUGGUCGCUUCAGGACAUUCCAGGGUAGACUUGCUUGGUCUCUUAAGGACAUUCUGGGGUAGAAUUGCAUGGUCCUUCCUUCGGGGAAUUCUGGGGAAGACUCUUAUGGUCCUGUCUUCGGGGCUUACCGGGGAAGACUCUCAUGGUCCUUCCUUCAGGGCAUUCAAGGGAAGACUCCCAUGGUCCUUUCUUCAGGACAAUCCGGGAAAGACUCCCAUGGUCCUUCAGGACAUUCUGGGGAAGACUCCCAUGGUCCUUCCUUCAGGGAAUUCUGGGAAAGACUCUCAUGGUCCUUCCUUUGAUAUAUUCAGGGGAAGACUCUCAUGGUCCUUCCUUCAGGGCAUUUUGGGAUUGGUCCCAUCAGCCCAUGCUUGUUGUAACAACUAACGACUGAGGAGUUUGUUGUGUGACUUGGGGUGUGUCAUCAUGCCCGAUGGAGUGCCCUGUGGGUGCUAACCGCUAUAGACUGUCAGACCCAGAUUGUAUGAUUUUAAAGAUGCCAUGAUACGGCAGAAAUAUUGCUCACUAUGGUGUAAACAACAUUCACUCACUCACUCAAUCACUCACACACUAACUUGCUCAUUCCACAUCCAAGUCACGAUGUCACUGUUUCUGCUAGUUUACACUAACUGGCAUUCCCACAAUGUGUCCUAAAUUGCAAAGAUGGUCAACAUUGACACAUUCUAUGAAUAAACAUACAAGAUUCAACUAUUAGGAUAUGUAUAAGAAAUAAUGUUUUUACUUUGCACAAAAAGAAAUUCACAAAACUAAAUAAUUUCUUACCCAACUU